UGAAGCGGUGGAGAUCCGUGAAUGGGAAUGACAACAUAUCUGACAAUUUGAACAUUUAUAACUAUAUUAACCAUUAAAAACUGCUCCUAAAAUAAUAGAUUCUGAAUAACAAAUAAAUAAACUUGGGGGAAAUUGUCAAAAAAAAAAAUCUCUUUAAAUCCAAGCUCAGCAGUAGCUCAAUCUGCAAAUGAACAGUUUUGUCAUGCGCAUUUGUUUCUUUAUUUUAUGGGAAACUUUAAACUUAUAGAAAAGUCACCCUGCUAUUCUUAACAGGUUCAUCUCGAAGCUUUUCAAAAAUACAAGCCACGCUCUUAAAUGAUUAAUACUUUCGGCUACCCUCUGUGUGAAGAUAAUAAUAAGGUCGUGAUUGAGUUACAAUACACAAUGGAAGAAAAAAGUCGAGCUUUGUCUAAUUGUUCUUUGACAGGGUCAGAGGGGUUGUGCGAUUGGCUGCUGCCUCCUGAGGCUGCGGGGCUGUCAGAGCUGUUGCAGGGUUGGGAGUGACACCAAGGUGACUCAGGGGGGAGGUUGUAUAAAAUGCUGGCUCGAUGCAAACCACUUCAGAGACGAGGGCAUCAGCUAGAGUCUUCUGCGUGACCUUUCCCUCCUGUGCACUAUCCCACAGCCCUCAAUGAUGACUGCAAAAGCAGAGCUCUCAAGCUGGGCAGAGUACCCGGAGGACUUCACACUGCUGCAGCAGCGCAAUCUGGCCCACAUCAACUCCAAAAGUUGGAUUUCUUCUAACUCACUCCGUGCGCUCUCUAGGAGGGACGCGCACGGCUCUGCAGACCCGGGCCUCUCACUGGAGCAACUUGUGCCAACAAAUAAACUGCCUGACGCUGCAGACAUCACAGAAACAGACUCUGACAUGGUAUCAGAGGGAGGCAAGACGGGCCACUUUGGCCCUCAGAGAUACAGGCGCGUUGCAGCCAACGCCAGGGAGAGGAGAAGGAUGCACGGCCUGAACAAAGCGUUCGACGAGCUGAGAAGCGUCAUCCCGUCUCUGGAAAACGAGAAAAAACUGUCUAAAUAUGACACCCUCCAAAUGGCACAGAUAUACAUCACGGAGUUGUCUGAGCUCCUGACCGGCGUGGUUCACCCGGAGUGCAGGAGCCCCCGUCCAAGCGAGACUUCCAGGAGGAGUCUGAUUCACUCCCUGCAGGAUCCGAACCCACUAACAGGAGAGCAGCGGGACCCUACAGCCGCUGUCGGCCACCUUAUUAUACUUGGACAUAAAUCUGACCUGAUGACAGGAAAUAAAACCACAAGCUCUUCUCACAGCAGUGAUGGAGAAUCUUCUCAUCUCAGUGACAUGGAGGAAAGUCAGAGUGGAAGACAGUAACUGAGAACAAAUAGACACAAUUAACUGUCAGUUUCUGUCAAAGGAAGUACACCAAGAGAGCCAAAUAUUACAGC